AUGACAGAAUUGGUGUUGCGAGACGAAUCAAUGGAACUUUCACAAGCAUUUUCAACGCAACGUGAUGCUAUUGCAAUAAAUUCACGAAAUGGACCAGCCAAAUUCUAUUGGAAUUUUAUUACUAACGAGCAAUUUGAGGUCUUUACUGUUAUUGUUAAUCAACAACCAAUACCACUAUGUGCUCGGCAAGUCAUUGGAGAUAAUUCACAAACUAGUGUUAUUGCACCAAAUUCACUUAUUGUCAAACCAUCAAUUUUACUUGGUUACGAUCCUCGUAAUCAAAACAAUAAUAUAUGGGGUAAUGAAUAUAUUGGUGAUGAAGAGCUACGCGGUAUUCCUACGAAUAAAUUCAGAUCAUGUUUUUAUAUAUCUGAUAUACAAGCAACUGUUGAUGCCACAUAUUAUGCAUCAGAUGUAACAAAGUUUCAAGCUUAUUUACCAGCAAAUGAAAGUAUUAUAUUAAAAAUAGAUGUUCAAAUUAAAAAUAACAGUGGUUAUCAAGACACUUAUACAUAUAAUGUAUUUCGUUAUACACCAAAUCCUAGUCGUCAAGAAGAACAUCAAGCAUUAGAAACUCCAGCUGGUGUAUAUUGUCAAAAUCGAACAAGUACAUUAGCUGUACCACAAAAUAUUCCUGAGAGAGUUAGCGUCAAUUCAGAAGUUUUUAUACCGCUAGCAAAUAAGUCAAUUUUUAGUACCAGUAAUCUCUAUGAUACUAGAUUUCAAUUUAGUGGUUUUAAUGUUUGGUAUCCUGAUCCAUUCGGUGGACCACGUUGGUCACAUUACGCUGAAAUACAUGAUUUUGCAACUGGUCUCAAUUAUCAAUAUAAUUAUACAACACGUCAAUGUUCUGUUCUUGAUAUAAGCACAGGUGGGAAUGAUGCAGUGGUAGUAGACGGAAAACCAAAUCUGGUACAAAUGGGUUCCGCACAACAUCUUUUUUUAAUGGAUGAUAUUACAUAUCAAUAUACUGGUGAAAAACAAUGUCGUGAUCGUGUUUGGUGUUAUGUAUGGAUUGGUGAAAAAUCAUCAUCAAAUAAUAUAUAUGAACAUCGAGAAUGGUAUUGGGCAUCCAGUAUUAAUGGUGAACCUUUACAAGAAUCGUUUCCUAUGAAAAUGGUUUUGAAAAAUUAUGUCAAUGGUAGCCUUAUAUCUGAAAUUGAAACGAGUAAUAAAAAAUAG